AUGGGGGCACAUGUUCACUGCCUUCCUGAGGCUCGGGUUGUUUCGGGAGCAGCGAGGGGGCUGGAGCACACUGCGAUCCGCGGACCCGAGGGUGACCCCGGUGCGGACGCGGACCGGCUCCAGGCCCCCCGCAGCGGCCGCCGCAGGCACGUAGGCAGGAGGCCCGCCGCCCUCCCCGCCAGGACACCGCCCCGCAGCACGCCUGCGCGUUCCGAGCCCCCCCCCCCCCCCGCGGCCGCAUCCACUGGGCACGCGCAGGAAGGAGGCGGUGCGGCGCCCACUGCGCAUGUGCACGCCUCGGCCUCGGGGAGCCGGGUAGCAACACGGCCACGCGGAGCCGCACCUGCCAAUCAGCGCGGCCCGGGGCGGGGCUUCGGGUCUGCGCUCCCCGGUAGGCGGCGGGCGACUUCCGGCAAUAAACCUCCGCUCGGCGGUCAGGUAGGGUCGGGGGCCCUGGGCACGCCGGGGGGCGGAGGCGCUGCUCAGCCGCCCUCGCCGCCUGCCCUCGGCCGCCGCCCACUCCCGCGCGCCCGCGACCCCCCGCCCCUGGCCGCCCCCGCCGCGGGCGCUUCCUCGGGGUCUGCGCGGCCCCCGACGUUGCCCGGCGCCUCCCGCCUGCGCCGCCGCGGCCCGAGGCCCUUUCUCCCGGGGACACCUGCCGCCUCCGCCCUGCGGUCCGCGCCCCACCUGCUGCCCAGCCCCCGGGUCUCCCGGCCCUCGUCCGCGCCCCACAUGCCCCCCGGCACCCCCGACCCGGUCCCCGUCCGCGCCCCACCUGCCCCCCGGCACCCCCGACCCCGUCCUCGUCCGCGCCCCACCUGCCCCCCGGCACCCCCGACCCCGGUCCUCGUCCGCGCCCCACCUGCCCCCCGGCACCCCCGACCCCGUCCCCGGUCCGCGCCCCACCUGCCCACGGGCACCCCCGACCCCGGUCCUCGUCCGCGCCCCACCUGCCCCCCGGCACCCCCGACCCCGGUCCUCGUCCGCGCCCCACCUGCCCCCCGGCACCCCCGACCCCGUCCCCGGUCCGCGCCCCACCUGCCCACCGGGCACCCCCGACCCCGGUCCUCGUCCGCGCCCCACCUGCCCCCCGGCACCCCCGACCCCGUCCCCGGUCCGCGCCCCACCUGCCCCCCGGCACCCCGACCCCGUCCUCGUCCGCGCCCCACCUGCCCCCCGGCACCCCCGACCCCGUCCCCGGUCCGCGCCCCACCUGCCCCCCGGCACCCCCGACCCCGUCCCCGUCCGCGCCCCACCUGCCCCCCGGCACCCCCGACCCCGUCCUCGUCCGCGCCCCACCUGCCCCCCGGCACCCCGACCCCGUCCCGGUCCGCGCCCCACCUGCCCCCCGGCACCCCCGACCCCGUCCCCGUCCGCGCCCCACCUGCCCCCGGCACCCCCGACCCCGGUCCUCGUCCGCGCCCCACCUGCCCCCCGCACCCCCGACCCCGUCCCCGUCCGCGCCCCACCUGCCCCCCGGCACCCCCGACCCCGUCCUCGUCCGCGCCCCACCUGCCCCCCGGCACCCCCGACCCCGUCCCCGUCCGCGCCCCACCUGCCCCCCGGCACCCCCGACCCCGUCCCCGUCCGCGCCCCACCUGCCCCCCGGCACCCCCGACCCCGUCCCCGUCCGCGCCCCACCUGCCCCCCGGCACCCCCGACCCCGUCCCCGUCCGCGCCCCACCUGCCCCCCGGCACCCCCGACCCCGGUCCUCGUCCGCGCCCCACCUGCCCCCGGCACCCCCGACCCCGUCCCCGUCCGCGCCCCACCUGCCCCCCGCACCCGCGACCCCGUCCGUCCGCGCCCACCUGCCCCCCGGCACCCCAGACCCCGUCCUCGUCCGCAGCCCCACCUGCCCCGCGGCACCCCCGCCCCAGGUCCAUCGUCCGCGCCCCACCUGCCCCCCGGCACCCCCGUCCCAGUCCCGGUCCAUGCUUCACCUGCCCGGCCCUCCUGUCCUCGUCCGCGGCUCCAGCAUCCUCCCCGCACCUGGCCCUCUGUCCCCAGCCCUCGUCCACGGCUCCAGCAUCCUCCUCAAACCUGGCUCUGGGUCCCCAGGCCUUCUCCAAGGCUCAGCAUCUUCACUGAGGCUGCUUCCCUGA